GCUUGAGAGGAAUUUAUUGCCAUUGUUUGCAGACACCAGACACCUUUACACUAGCGAUUGCAGAUUCUCAAUUCUUCCUUUCCACAUCGAUCAAGCGCAACCGCCACUAUGGGAGAACCAGCGCAAAAGUUCAAGGUUGCUGACAUCAACCUCGCGGCCUUUGGGCGCCGUGAGAUUGAGCUCGCCGAGCAUGAGAUGCCAGGCUUGAUGGCAACGAGAUUGAAGUACAGCCAAGAGCAGCCGCUGAAGGGUGCAAGAAUAGCCGGGUGUCUUCACAUGACGAUCCAGACUGCCGUGUUGAUCGAAACGCUGAAGGCUCUGGGUGCGGAGGUGACGUGGACCUCUUGCAACAUCUUCUCCACGCAGGACCAUGCGGCGGCCGCGAUUGCAGCAGGAGGUACUCCAGUCUUCGCAUGGAAGGGCGAGACUGAAGAAGAGUACAACUGGUGCUUGGAACAGCAGUUGAAGGCUUUCCCAGAUGGGAAGGAGCUCAACUUGAUCCUUGACGAUGGUGGAGACCUGACUGCUCUUGUGCACAACAAGUACCCGAAGAUGCUCGAAGGCUGCUACGGGCUGAGUGAGGAGACCACAACCGGCGUGCACCACCUCUACAGGAUGCUCAAGAACAAGGGCAAGGAGCAUGGCCUGCUUGUACCUGCGAUCAACGUCAACGACUCCGUUACGAAGAGCAAAUUCGACAACUUGUACGGCUGCAGAGAGUCGUUGAUAGACGGUAUCAAGCGUGCAACAGACGUCAUGAUUGCUGGCAAGAUUGCUAUGGUGGCCGGAUUCGGUGACGUUGGCAAAGGCUGUGCGGAGGCACUGCACGGUAUGGGUGCUCGCGUCAUGGUGUCCGAGAUUGAUCCCAUCAACGCUCUCCAGGCGGCCAUGGCAGGCUACGAAGUCGUGACCAUGGAGGACGCAGCGCCUCAAGCCCAGAUCUUCGUUACCACAACCGGCUGCAGAGACAUCAUCGUUGGCAAGCACUUCGAGGUAAUGCGCGAGGACGCCAUUGUUUGCAACAUCGGCCACUUCGACAUCGAGAUCGAUGUCGCGUGGCUCAAGAAGAACGCCAAAGACAAGGUCAGCAUCAAGCCGCAGGUUGACCGCUUCACCAUGCCGAGCGGCAGGCACGUCAUCCUGCUUGCAGAAGGCCGCUUGGUCAAUCUAGGCUGUGCUACCGGCCACUCCUCUUUCGUCAUGUCCUGCUCGUUCGCCAACCAAGUCCUGGCACAAAUCAUGCUGUUCAAGGCCGGCGACAAAGAGUUCGCUCGAAAGUACAUUGAGUUCGCGCGCGCGGUCGAAGGUGAGACCGAGACUGGCGCGCCAAAGAAGAUUAUCGAUGAGACGCAGAGCAAGUCCAGCGUCACCCGCAUGGAGGUCGGCGUCUACACCCUUCCCAAGAUCCUCGACGAGCAGGUUGCCCUGCUACAUCUCGACCACGUCAAUGCCAAGUUGACGAAGAUGACCACGACCCAGGCCGAGUACAUGAGCUUGCCUGUGGAGGGCCCAUUCAAGAGCGAUCUAUACCGGUACUAGGCGAAAGCCUCUCGUAUCGGUCUACAGAUUGUUUGUUCAACACUAUAAGCAUUAUACCAUGGGAGGGAUGACUUCAACGGCAUAUGGAAAAGCAUCGCAAGGCGCUGGGGAGUCGGCAGAGUAAUACCUAAGCCGGAGCAGAACGGCUGCCUUCCUCAACGGAGGCGCUGCACUGUGUCAUUAAAUAUCCGUCCAUAGAUGGUACAAUCGCCUCCGCUUGCUGCGACAUAGCAUCCUGAGCCGGUAUUCUGACUAGUGGUCCUUUGGAUCGCGCCUAUGCGGAGGUCAUUCUGCGGACCGGGACACGCCAUUUUUGUGGCUUCCGCGGUGGCAACAGAUCUGCGUCCGCGUCACUCACCC